AUGACCCGGGUGGAGUUGGGACGAAGAGUGUCCUCCCCCCUCCUCUUCUUCUUCAUCACACUUCUAUCGCUCCUGAAAACCUGCAACACGCUGGGAGCAUCACCGGAAGCAGACGGAUUCUUGCGGGAUCUGCCGCAGUAUGAAGUGGUGCGCCCCACCAGAGUGGAUGCCAGAGGUCACUUCCUGUCCAACUUCCUGUCGCACCACGCUCGCAGAGUGCAGCGCCGGGAAGCCUCGGAGGGAGCGGCCGACUUGGACCGAGUCUUCUACCAGUUGUGGCACGGCGGCCACAGCUUGAACUUUAACCUCACCCUCAACCCGCACCUGCUGGCUCCAGGCUUCCUGACGGAGAGGAGGUACGGUGGCCUGGAGGGCGCCCAGAUCCGUCCGGCUCAAUCCUCCCAGUGUUACUAUCUAGGAGAAGUGUGGGACGGGGCCAGUGUGAAAGGGAACGCAGCCAUCAGUACCUGCGAUGGACUGACAGGACUGUUCAAGUUGUCCGAUGAGGAGUUCUUCAUUCUGCCUCUGGAGGAGUCCAGCGAGGAGACGGCAGCGCCACAGGCCCACGCCAUCUACAAACGCCACGCCCCCCCUCCCCCCCGGAGUCCACUCAGUCAGGCGAUCUCAGGGAAGGAAGCUCUCAACGGGACCUGCGGACUCAAAAAUUCCCUUCAAAGUUUUGAGGAGCUGGAGCGGCAGCGGGAGCGCUGGGAGCGCCGGCAGCAGAGGAAAAGGAGAAUCCGUCAUCGCUCAGUCAGCAAAGAGAAGUGGGUGGAAACGCUGGUGGUGGCAGACCCCAAAAUGGUGGAGUAUCAUGGGAGCAAAGCUGUGGAAGGAUACGUCCUCGCCAUCAUGAACAUUGUGGCAGGUCUGUUCAGAGAUGCCAGUAUUGGAAACGCAGUCAACAUUGUGGUUGUUCGCCUCAUUCUUCUGGAGCAGGAUGAGGACGAGUUAAAGAUCACGCACCACGCCGACAACAGCCUGAGCAGCUUCUGUAAGUGGCAGAAGAAACUCAACAUGAAGGAGGAGCACCCGCUGCACCACGACGUGGCCGUUCUGAUCACCAGGAAGGAUAUCUGCGCUUCCAUCAACAAGCCGUGUGAGACUCUGGGUCUGUCCCACGUGGCCGGGAUGUGUCAGUCGCAUCGCAGCUGCAGCAUCAGCGAGGACACGGGCCUCCCGCUCGCCUUCACCGUCUCGCACGAGCUGGGACACAACUUUGGGAUUCAGCAUGAUGGCAACGGUAAUGACUGUGAACCCAUUGGAAAACGACCUUUCGUCAUGUCUCCACAGCUCUUGUACGGCACCUCCCUGCCCAGGUGGUCACGCUGCAGUCGCCAGUACAUCACCCGCUUCCUCGAUCGUGGCUGGGGCUGGUGCCUGGACGACGCCCCGGUGAAGGACAAACUGACGGUGAACUCGGUGCUUCCUGGGGUUCUGUACAGCGCCGCUCAUCAGUGCCGGCUGCAGUACGGAUCUGGGUCCCUGCUCUGUGAUGACAUGGACGACGUCUGCAGCACUCUGUGGUGCACGGUGGGAACGACCUGCCACUCAAAGCUGGACGGGGCCGCGGACGGGACCAGCUGCGGUGAGGACAAGUGGUGUUUCAGUGGGGAGUGUGUGCCUCUUGGAUUCAGCCCGGAGAGCGUGACCGGGGGCUGGGCGUCCUGGAGCGAGUGGUCGGCCUGUUCCAGGACGUGUGGCGCCGGCGUCCGGGGCGCUGAAAGAGACUGUGACAACCCAGUUCCCAAGCACAGAGGGAAGUAUUGUCUGGGAGAGCGACGGCGUUACAAGGUGUGUAACAUCUCCCCGUGUGCCGCCGACCUGCCCACGUUCAGGAGCGCCCAGUGCUCUCACUUCAACAGCUUGCCGUACAAGGGCAAGUUCUACAAGUGGGAAUCAGUCAUCAACCGAGUGAAUCCGUGUGAGCUGCACUGCCGACCUCUCAACGAGAACUUCUCUGAAAAGAUGCUGGACGCCGUCACCGAUGGAACACCGUGCUUCGAGGGAAACAAAAGCCGAGACAUGUGCAUCAACGGCAUCUGCAAGAACUUAGGCUGCGACUACGUGAUCGAGUCCAGCGCUGUGGAGGAUCGCUGUGGGGUUUGUCAUGGCAACGGCUCGACCUGUACAACUGUGAAGAAGACGUUUGAGGAGAGCGAAGGACUCGGCUAUGUUGAUAUCGGACUGAUCCCAGAAGGAGCCUGGGGCAUCCGGAUUGAGGAGGUGGCCGAGGCUGGUAAUUUCUUGGCGCUCCGAAGCGACAACCCAAACAAGUAUUUUCUGAACGGCGGCUGGACGAUCCAGUGGAACGGCGAGUACAAGGCAGCGGGGACGGUUUUCACUUAUGUGAGGACGGGACACCUGGAGAACCUGACGUCUCCCGGGCCCACCAUGGAACCACUGUGGAUUCAGCUUCUCUUUCAGGAGACCAACCCAGGAGUCCGGUACGAGUACACAAUCAGUCAAAAUGCCUCACAGGACAACGACCCAGUUUUCUACUGGAAAUAUGGUUUAUGGACCGAGUGCAGUGUCACCUGUGGAACAGGUGUUCAGAGGCAGAUUGUUCACUGUGUGGAGAAGACAACUGGGAUCGUGGAGGAGCAGUUCUGUGACCCCUCAACCCGGCCCGACGACAACCGAACCCGCUGUAACAAGGAGCUGUGUCCAGCCAUCUGGUGGGUCGGCGAGUGGCAGAAGUGCUCAGCCAGCUGUGGGAGCUCGGGCCUGGCUAAGAGGAGCGUGCUCUGCAUCCAGGCCGUGAGCGUGGAGGAGCAGAAAGCUCUGCAGCCCAGUGACUGUGAGCACAUGUCCACACCGGAGUCUCUGUCCUCCUGCAACACAGACGUCCCCUGCCCGGCCGACUGGACCACCAGCAGCUGGUCGAAGUGCUCACUGACUUGUGGAGCUGGAGUUCGUCGGCGUGAUGUGACCUGCUCCAGAAACACAGGCGUCGACUGCGACCCCCAAAAGAAACCUGUGGCCGUCGGCCCCUGUAACACUCAGGACUGUCUGCCGGCUGUGGAUAACUUCGGAGGUCUGGACUGGUCGGGGAGCGGCUGGCCGAGCAGAGAGGUGCUCAACGAAAUCAACUCCAUCCCCGAAGCCAAACCUCCGUCCAAGUACAGCACCACCAGAGCCCAGCCGAGAACUCACAAUGACCUCAAUAACGCUGUGGAGGGAGAUUUUCACUACCACAACAACAUUGAAAACAUAAAUCACAACCCUGUCCGAGUCGAUGAUUUCUACUAUGACUAUAACUUCAUCAACUUCCAUGAAGACCUGUCGGACGACUUUGAGGGCGACGGGAAAGACUCGGAGGACAGUCGCAGGUUGGAUCCCUCGCAGGAGGACACGUCCACCCCCAGCAGGAAUGAAAACGUCCCCGUGGAAAGUACGAGAGCUCCCACGGCUGCUUCAGACGUUUUCACAAUUUCAAAGGCCACUGCCCGCACAGUGAACGCUGAAGAGCCGCAGAGCACGAGUGUGGACAAUGUGAAGGACGGUGGAAACGCAGCAGGAAACGAGUCUGCGUCAACGAAUUCUGAAAAUUUGGACGACUACUUCUCUGAGGAUUACCUCCUGCCCGUGGCUGCUACCCGCUCUCCGCCCCCGUCUACAACUCAGCGUUCACAAACGCCAAAGGAGAGAGAGGAGGAGGAUGUGUGGGGGCCUGAAAACAUGAGCUCGAUGCCCAAUCUGGAAUCCACCACAGAGGAGCCGACACAGGACGUGACACGGGGACAACACGGGGAGGAGAAUGACAACUACUACGACUAUUUCACAGAGGAAGAAACUCACUCUGAGGAUGUCACUGUGACUCCAAAACAUCCUGCUCCUGCUCCCAGACACCAGACCGCUGUUGGCACUAUUGUCGCUACAACAGUGAGUAGACAGGAGGAGGAGAAAGUUUAUAACUAUGAUGACGCGUACAGUUACUAUGAAGAAAGAACACCAGGUCCAGAGAUCCCUGCAGAAUCAGACUAUGAGGAGAAUCCUUCGGAAAUACCUCAAACAACCAGUCCACCAACGUUAAUUCCUACGACCUUCCCAUCGGAGGAUCUGAACUCGGAUCAGACUCCUUUUAACGCGGUGUAUGACACUGGUGAGGGAGAGUCCUGGGACUCUGACCUUGACCUCAGCACAACCUCGAGUCCUGCCCCUUCUCCCAGUCUGCACAGUCACUCCGAUGACUCCACAUCAUUACCUGGUACAAACAUCACACCUCCGACCGACCUGGAGGGAGCCACUCGUCCUCCUCCUGCUGGUUUCCUUCCAGCUGCGAUGGAAGAGAUACCGACACAACCUGCCUUCACUGAGACAGCUGGAAGCGACUCCACAUCCCAACCUCCAGCCUUCGAUUUCGCUGAUUUCGACUACAAUGACAUACUCGCUCCCCCGAUGGUGAGGAGCAGCGGUAACGGCGACCCUGGAUCUUCUCAUCACUUCCCGUCGACCUCCGCAACGACCCCUGAACUCGUGGAAUCCACUCAUCCACCUCCUCUGAGGCCAAGUCUUCCAGUUCCGACGUCGGCCCGGACUUCAGCUGCCGCGCCGCCCACCCCCGCUGCCCACUGGCUCGCCAGCAACUGGAGCGCUUGCUCCACCAGCUGUGGUCUCGGUGCGAUCUGGAGGAGUUUGGCUUGCAGCUCUGGCUCCGACUCCGACUGCGACCCGGCCAAGAGGCCCGCUCCGGCCCAGAGGUGCUACCUCCGCCCCUGCUCCAUGUGGAAAGUUGGGGAAUGGAGUAAGUGCUCCGAGAACUGUGAAGGUGGCGUUAAAUCCCGAGAGGUCCAGUGUUUCGACAUGAGGGAUCAGAGGCCCCUCCGACCUUUCCACUGCCGGGCCAUGUCCUCCAGGCCUCAAACCCAAAUACCCUGUGACGUUCAGCCUUGUCUCGACUGGUACUCGUCCUCCUGGGGUCAGUGCUCUGAGUUGUGCGGAGGAGGCGAGCAGCAGCGUAUGGUCACAUGUCCAGAAGAGGAUCGAUGUGACAGGGACCUUCAACCCAGCAACAUCCAAUCAUGUAACAGCCAGCCGUGUGCUCAGUGGCUCACUGGAUCAUGGGGACAGUGUUCGGCCUCUUGUGGCGGCGGAGUUCAGCACCGACUCAUCGAAUGUGUCGACACUAAGGCUGAGACAGAAGAAGAAGAAGAAGAAGUGGAUCAGGCUCGGUGCGACCACGAGCCGCAGCCUGAGAGCAGCCAGAAGUGCAACUUACAGGAGUGCGAGAGCGCCCCCUCUGCAGUUUGUCUUCGGGACCGGCUGACGUUCCGGUUCUGCCACACUCUCCGCGUGCUGGGCCGGUGCCACUUGUCCAACGUGCGAGCUCAGUGCUGUAGAACCUGCAGCCAGCGUUCCCGACCCGCCGGCACCUCUCGCCGCUGA